UUUCGCAUCACAUUCAUCAACAUCACAUCAACAUCGCCAUGAUUUUUUUUGUAUUCACUAAAUAUCUGUUUUUAUAAAUCUCAGUAUCGUCAAAUAUCAAUAAAACUCAAUGAUAUCAUUAGAACAAGAUGGUGGAACAUGAAGGAAUACUUCCCUUCAUGGAUGUCAAGAAUCAUGAUGUCCAAAGCCCACAACAAAGAGUAGGUGAUUGACUAUAGCUAACCACUCCUCUCUUGUUUGAAGGAAAGGUUAUUGCAAUGGUACGGACGCUGAGUUGCAUACUUGUUCAUUAUUUUGACAGAAUGCUAGGCUCUAGUUGAGUUGUGUCGAUGACUCGAGAAGUGAAGUUGGUUAAAUGCUAAACUUACAUGCCAAUUAGAUUGUCAUGUCUUUCUGGGCCAUUCCAAUGUUUAUUUUCAUGGCAUACUUACUUGUUAUAGUUCUCUGGAAGUGGUAUUUCAGCAGAAACCGGCGACUAUCAGCGAUUAAUCCAUGAACUCCCAAGCGGUGCUAGGUCGACUUCCUUAUAUAGCGCGCCUCGGCCAGCAUUUUGGAGAAUGAACCUGGCAGCGCUGUCGCAGAAGUAUAACGUGCGUUUGUCUAAUACACUUCUUGGAUUCGCGGUACUCAUGUGAUUGCAGAUGUACUUCGUAGCAUAUCUCGAUACCAUACACAUUACAAAACCUCGAACACUCAAGCAAAUUAUACCAGGUGUACCAGACUUGAUUCUUCGGUUACCAGUAUCGAAGCAUGCAGGUAGGGGAUAUCUCAAUCUAGCUCGCCCGCACUCUAUCAACAAUAUGAUAAUUGGCAAUUUGGGCAAUAAAGAAAUAUUACUCUUCUGCUGCGAUGAUGGAGAUGUGACGGCAUACUACACGGACCUUCUAGCAGAGGAACUUCAACAGGCGGAGCAAAGUACAGCAUCAUCAAUUCCUAUCGGUAAUACACGACCGUGAGUAACUAACUUUAUCUACGUGAUUUGGUUCUGAUCGUCUCAGGUUUUUUCAUGAGAACGUCGGAGAGAGUGCUUGGGGUCUUGCUAUUCAUCAAAAAUCGCGCCUCAUUGCAGUAAGCUCCAACAAACACGAAGUUACUGUCUUUGUCCAUGCCACUUAUAGUAAUGAGCCCUGCAACUGCGCUGUAAUGGGUACUGUCCUUGACCUUACUUAUGGUGAAUUCGUUGGACACGACAAUGCUCAGAGAGCUUUUCCCCUUAUGAUAUGUAAUUCAAAAGGCUUGGUCUUCUUGGAUGAUGACCUCUUCUCAGAGAGUUUAUUCCCCGUGCGACAUCUUAUAAGGACUCCUAUACCUGACGACCCGGCAGCUGAAGGCCUUCUACCAGAAGCACCAUGUUCUCGUAACUUUAGAUUAAUUCUUUCGCCUCCAAGUUCUUACAAUAUUCCUGCAAUCACUUUCGCAGAUGACAAGAAUGGCUUAGCUGAAUUCAUACUAGCUACUGAUAUUGGGGGCAAUUUGUGGUCGCUUGAAAUAUGGCGAGGAACCGUAAAAUUGUUUGGGUCACCCGUUAUAGACGGACACCAUUUAAUGUGAGUACUCCCCCUGGUAGUCCGGACUACAUCCAGACAAUGUGAGUCUUUUGAUUUCUGGAUCCUGUUGGAAUAUUCAAUUCAUUUGAAAUACUCAGAAUAUUGAAUUGUUUUCAAGCAUUGAAAGCUCACAUUUAGUCUGCUAGUCCAGACUAUUGGUCACGGUCGCUCCAAUGAUUGAACUACGAUUUCUAACCAAGUUAGGGGCUGGGCGGUCAUGACUAUACCAUUGCGAUAUUUUAGACAAUCCCCAAAUUUUCAAGAUGCUUUAGGUAUGGAGGAUCUAAACUAUGCUUGGCAGAAAUCCAUACACAAUAGACCUGGGUCUGAGCAUUGUAUGAACGUUUCUUCAUGCUUGGAGCGCCUCGAGCUUGAAGAUGAAGCAAAUGGCGGGGAGCCGGGUACUCUUUUUGGUGGGAGUGAGCUCACAAGUCAUACAAAUGGGACUCAAAUUAUCAACCCUGGAGACAACUCAGACAAUGAACAGGAACAAUAUGGGGAGAUCGUACGCAGCAACUCGCCACCAAAUAAAAUAAAAGGAUUAAGCUGUUCUAAAAAAGAUAGUCCAAGGCCCAAGAGACGACUAGUUUUACAACCCAACGACUUCAUGAAACAAGUUGACGACAUUUCACGUUCUGUCGUCAAUCCUACCCCCAACCUUAGUGAUAGAGCUGUCAUCCUUCGAACUUGGAAAGACAGCAUCGAACUCGUUCCCUCAUUUCCAUCCAUGCCUCCCACGGUAUGCUCGAGUAUGUACUUUAGUCGAGGAGCACUGACAGGCUUUGGCCAAAGUUUUCAUCAAAUAUCUAGAAUCAACAUGAUGGCACUAAUACCAGAACUAUCACUUGUUGUUGUUGCUUCUCAGAAUGGUCGAGCGGCUCUAUUGACGCUUUCGACAGUGGGACUCAUUUCUACCCCGGCUCCCGUUCCUGCUUUCCGCAUUGAAGCUCUCCUUCCGCCUGAAAAGUUCUAUCAAAAAUAUAUCAAAAGUCAUCAGGCGGAAAAAUCCCCACUUCUCGGAAUGGCCGUGUCUCCCAUACAGAACGGGAACGGGAUCAAACUAGAGGCUGGAGUAUAUCCGAGGCGGUGGAGGCUUAUUAUGCAAAGUUAUGAUCAUACGAUUUGGACGUAUGAGUUGAGUAGGGAUGAAGAUAAUAAUUUGCGUGUUUUUUGAGCUUUAGCGAAAUGUGUAUAAGCAACCUUUGAGUGGGUGCUCUUUCUUUCGUGGAUGGUGUAAAAGGGUUUGUAUAAGAUACCAAAAUUUGAUUAGGAGGCAUUUGUUGCGGUGUUUGGGGUAUAGUAAUUUGGGUUAUGACAGUACCACGACUUGACCCGUGGAAUUCGGAGUCAUGGAUGUUAAAGCGAUUAACAUCAUGGUUAAUUCAUAGUGUUAAUGAAUUAUUCCCUAGCGUAUAGAGCUACAUAGAUCAAAUUUCAUAGUGUACGUGCGUGAAAUAGCAUUAUUUUUCCAUUUCGUGUCUAGUGAUGUUUUCU